UCACGUAUAGCGCCUUCUCCUAGCUCCGAGCGUCUGCCACAGCAGCUGCCAGUGCGUCAUCAGAGCGCGCCGGAAGCGGUCCAAGAAUGAAGAGUGAGAUCUACCAUGCAUUGUCUCAGAAAGAGGCGAAAGACGCCGAUGUCCAGCCUACAGGAGCACAGCGGGCCGAGGCCUUUGUGAGGGCCUUCCUGAAGCGCAGCACACCUCGCAUGAGCCCGCAGGCCCGUGAGGACCAGCUGCAGCGCAAGGCCGUGGUCCUGGAGUACUUCACCCGCCGCAAGCGCAAGGAGAGGAAGCAGAAAGCCAAAGGCCUCUCUGCCAGGCAGAGGAGGGAGCUGCGGCUCUUUGACAUUAAACCAGAGCAGCAGAGAUACAGUCUUUUUCUCCCCCUCCAUGAACUCUGGAAACAGUAUAUCAGGGACCUGUGCAAUGGGCUUAAGCCAGACACGCAGCCACAGAUGAUUCAGGCCAAGCUGUUAAAGGCAGAUCUUCACGGGGCCAUUAUUUCAGUGACAAAAUCCAAAUGCCCCUCUUAUGUGGGUAUUACAGGAAUCCUUCUACAAGAAACCAAAUACAUUUUCAAAAUUAUCACCAAAGAAGACCGCCUGAAAGUUAUCCCCAAGUUAAACUCUGUGUUCACUGUGGAAAUCGAUGGCUUUAUUUCCUACAUUUACGGGAGCAAAUUCCAGCUUCGGUCAAGUGAACGGUCUGCAAAGAAGUUCAAAGCGAAGGGAACGAUCGACCUGUGAAUGCUUUGCCGUCUAAGGCAGUUGUCUAUGACAGCUGAAAACUGAAACUCCCUCAGUGCCCACCUUUCAGUGACGAGAUGGCUAAGCCAGUUCCGGCUGUAGAGCACCUCCAGCCAGGGAAGCCCUGGCUUGAGGCUGUUGAGCAAUAUGGGAAGUCUACUGAGUGAAGAAGUCAGGGGACAGGAAUUUCCCCUUCUAGGAGAUCUUAAUUGUGUAUGGCUCCCAUAGAGAGGAACAGACUGACGGGAAACACACCAGGGUUAACACUGGUUGACUUCAAUUUAAAGAUGCUUUUUCAUGUUU